AUGUUCUCUUUCCCAUUAGCCUUGUUCCCCAAUUGGAGUUGGUUUUGUAUCUUUUUGGCUCUCUUUUUGUUUCGAUAUGUCAGAUUAUGGGUGAACCUGGCGAGCAACUGGACGUACACACCCAUGAAGCCUGUCGACGACCCUACCAUCACAUCAAAGGACAUGACUGUCAUCAUCCCAACAGUUGCUGAAAACCUGCAACAACUAAAAGAGACGGUUCAAAGCGCAUACCGUCUCGAGCCAUUAAGCCUCCUCCUCGUCACACCUGACUCGCGAGUAAAGCGCGUGUACCAGAUGGUAGAAGAGCUGGGCAGCCCCAAGAUCAUUCAAGUUCUAUCCGUCAGCCAGGCCAACAAGCGUCGACAGCUAUGCCGAGCCAUUCCCGAGGUCGAGACCAAGAUCACGCUUCUACUUGACGACGAUGUAUGGUUACCGGAGAAGUUUACCAAAUGGAUUCUUGCUCCUUUCGAAGACCCAUCUGUCGGAGGUGUUGGAACUAACCAGCAAAUCCGCCGCUUCAACCGCUCCAGCAUCUGGGAGUUCCUGGGUGCCAUCUAUCUGGUGAGGAGGAACUUUGACUGCACUGCCUGCAACUGGAUCGACGGUGGCCUACCAUGCUUAUCUGGACGCGCCGUUGCCUAUCGAUCCGAGAUCCUACAAGACCCCAAUUUUACCUACGGCUUCACGCACGAGACAUGGGGCAGCGAUCACUUCCUCAACGCCGACGACGACAACUUCAUCACGCGAUGGUUGUUCUCCCACAACUGGAAGAUCCAGAUGCAAAACCACCGCGAAUGCGAAGUCGAGACGACCCUCGAGGACGAUUCGAAAUAUCUUCGUCAAUGUCUGCGAUGGGUCCGCUCCAACUGGAGGAGCAAUCUGACUAGCCUGACGGAGGGUUACAUGUGGAUGAACUACCCAUGGUCCCUCUACGCCGUCUUCCAAACCACGCUUACGCAAUGGGCCUUCCUCCUCGAUUGCGCCCUCUUCGUCUCGGUCUACCUCGCGCUGGCGGAGGCAGGAUACUACGCAGCAGAGGACGACAAGCAAGCCCAUGAGCAGGACUGGCAGCGCAACCUUUUCUGGGCGCUGUUCCUCGCGCAUUGGGUCUUCGCGAAGACGAUCAAGCUAAUUCCCCAUUUGUUAAGAAACCCGGGCGACGUCCGCUUCGUCCCGGUCUCGAUUCUUUUCGGCUAUUUCCACAACCUGAUCAAGCUCUACGGCUGCAUCACCGUGACAGAGACCACUUGGGGUACUCGCGAGGGUGCAGAUGCCGACGACAACAUCAGGAUGUUGCCCAUCCCGCCGAUGGCGACAAUUACCCCUCCCCUGACGCCUCCACCAGGCGGACGCGUGCUUCGCGAGCGAGGCGCCGGUUUUCCGAUGAUGAAUUAG